GGCAGCAGAAAGAGGAGUGAGGAUACAGAGAAGAAAGAACAGGGGAAGAGGAGUGCGGAUGCAGAAUAAAGACAAGUCUGGCAACAGGAAACAAAAUCCAACAGAAGAGCAGUGCUGAUGCAGAGGGAAAAGGAGUGAGGAUGAUGCAGGGGAAUAAGAACAGGAGAAGAGUGAGAAUGCAGAGGAAAGAGCAGGGAGGAUGGAAAAGAAGGGAGAGCCUAAGAGGUGGGCAGAUGGAAAAAGAGUGCGGGAAGAAAGAAGAGCAGAAGAGUAGAGCCAAUGCAGAAGAAAGAGGAGUGAGGAAGCAGGGAAACAUACAGCAGAAGAGAAAAGCAGAUGCAGGUGAAAGAGCAGUGGUGAGAUGCAAUGGAAACCAUCAGAAGAGUGAGGAUACAAGGAGGAAAGAACAGCAGAAGAGGAGCACAGCUGCACGAGAAUGAGCAGUGAGAAUACAGGGAAGAUAGAGGAGGAGGAGAGCAGAUGCAGAAGAAAAGAGACGUCACGUUACAGGGAAGAAAAGUAGGGCAGACAAAGUACGGAGAGGAAGCAGGGGAAAAAAACGCCGAAGAGCAAGGAUAGAGAUGAAAGAGCAGUGAGGAUACACAGAGGAUAGAAUAGCAGAAGAGAAGCAGAAGAGAAAAAACAGGAAAAGAGUGAGAAUGCAGACGGAAAAGCAGGGAGAAUACAGGGAAGAACCAAGAGCCUAAAAGAAGUGCAAAUGCAAAAGCAAGCGAGGCUACAGGGAAGAAAGGACAGCAGAAGGGGAAUACAGGUGCAGAUCCCCCAAACAAAGCACUCCCUGCCCGCUAGGGUUGCGGGUGCGACGCAGUCACCACAAUGACGUCGAGGAUCAAUGCCGGGUAAUUCAGUGAGCGUUCCAACAAAGAAUCAAGGAAAAAACUGCCAGGCAAAGGAAAGAAACCUUCUGGCAACAGGUCUUCAACGUUACGCGUAGAGUCCUUUGGAACAGGAGUUGUUUCUGUGUCAACAACUUGAAGAUCAAUUCAGGCAACGGCUACUAAAGAAAAACGAGUCACAUAACAUGGAGAGCAAAGAAGAGAAGAGAGAGGAAACAGAGAGGUGCCAGCACUGCCACCCGGGGUGGGCAGCAGGCUGCUGGUGCCAGCGUCAUCAUGGGCGGCGGCCAGCACUGGCCACGCUGUCACUGCGUCGCCGUGGCGACGUUUGUGACACGGCCACCCGGGAGGGGUAUGAAGGCGGUGCACGCUGGUGGGUCCUGCAUCCUGAAGGAGCAUCUGGUAGAGAGCAGACGCACCUGAAGGGAUGAGCUCCGGCAUGGCUGGCGCCAACAAGGAGCAACCCGCUGGCACGAGGCGGAACAGGAUGAGCUUCUGCGAGGAUGGCCCCGCAGCGAGGCGUGCCUCCGGACCCACAUGCACCGACACCGAAGAGCGAGUUGCCGUCUGGGAUGCGGUGGCCGCCUACGUACAAGAGCACCUCCUGGUGCAGAAGGGGGUCUGGAUUCCCACCUUCGGAUCCUUUGACACCAUCUCCAGAGACAUCAGGACUGAGGACGGGACCGUGACUCUGCGAUGGCCCGUCUUUCACUUGUCUGGAAACCUCAUAGCCGUGCACCACCUCAAGCCCCGCAGGGAGUCCCUGCCAGCCCAUAGGAAGCUGGAGCCGCUCAAGAGCAGCGAGGUGGCCGCAGCUGCCUCUGUGACCUGGCAGACAGCGCAGGCUUGCAUCCAAAGCACCGUGUCCCUGCUCUCUGGCUGCCUGAAGAAUGGGGAGAACGUUGCCGUUGUCUUCAAGGACAUUGGAGUGCUCCACAUCGAUGGACUGACCUUCCACAUGAAAUUCUAUUACGACUUCCUUGACAAGCUGUCAGGGAAAGAGAAGUUCAGGAAAGCUCUUCUCAAGGCCCCCUGGCUGCUGGACAUGGUGGUGUCCCGAGCGGCACCGGUGGCCACCCUGGCACUCUCUGGCUGCCUCGUCGUCUUUCCCAAGUUUCAAAUGGAGUUUGUCCCCAAACCACCACCUGGGAUAUGCCGCAGGCCCUCAGGAGGCAUCCCUGCGGAGGGGAAACCAAAGGAAGAGGAGGCUUUGCCACCUCUCGCCCAGGGCAAGAAAGUGAGAUUUGCUGGCAAGCCAACUUUCAUCAAACGCUUGAGCUCGGACAGUCUAGAUGGAGGAAAACUCCGAAGGAUAAGGAGCUUACUGCGCAAGGAGAGCUCUACGUCCAGUCUGCUGCCAGCCAUCCCUGGAGUGCCUGAAGAACAAAAGCAGCCGCUGACCUGCCAGCUGCAGGGCCAGGCAGAAACAGACAGCCAAGAAGACCUGGGCCGAGCCCCAGGAACCAAACACGUGAGCUUCCGUGAGGAAGAACAGGAAGCGGAAAAAGCCCAUCGUGUGGCUGCAGUGCUCAAGUUGCCCAAAGCCAACGAAUCUUUCAGCAAAGAUUCCAGACCUUCCUCAAGGGCUCAGUCCAGCCCGUCGCAGGCAUCGCAAGGCACUCCAUCCCGGCUUCCACUUCUGGCAUGCGACUCAGUCAGACUUCUGAGGCGCAGGGCUAAGAAGAGCAGGCAGAAAGAACCUGAGGAGAUGGAAGCAUCAACAUCUCAGGCUGAGGCCAGCCAGCCGCAGGAGUCCUCUGCUGACAGAGCUGGAUUUCUGCCACCGAUAAACGAAGAAACACAGUCUCCUCAGCGUCAGCCCCCGGACACCAAAGCCCCACCGCGCAGGAAGGGCACACCCUACCCACGCUGAUGCAGGCAUGGGGCGCCCACGAGCUCCAAGACCUCCACUCGAGCUGGCUGCAAAACAGAUGCGUGAAUCCCAUCUGCAUCAUAUCUAAUCCUAGACUAGGCUGCCGAGUGCCCAAUCCAACCUGGCCUUCAACACUGCCACGGACGCGGCGUCCACAAGCUCUCUGGGCAUCCGCUUCCAGCAUCUCACCACCGUCUCUGGAAAGACCUUCUCCCUGACAUCCAAUCUUCAUUGUCCCUCCCUCUGUCAAUAAAGCCUUACCGUGGGCCUAUCCCAUAGAAAUCUC